AUGGCUGCCAUAAAGAAAAUAACAAACCAGAAAUUUCUCCAAGGCCUUAAUUCAAUUUACGAUGAAGUUUUUGACUUUAACUUGGACAGUGAAGAUGAAGAGGAUGAAGUGUUUACUGGAGAUUUCUGCUUUAAAGAGAAGUGUAAAUCUGCUGUAGUAAAUGACCUCUGCAAUGUUGAGCCCUUUGCUGAAUUGACAUCUGAUCAAUGGGUUCACAUGAAAGAGCAGGCUGACUUUAUGAUCUUUUUAUUGUGGGAGGAUAAGCAGGACCAACACCUUAGCAACACUCCCGAUUCUGCCAUGAUCAAGAAUAGCCAUAAUAUUAUCAUCCAAAGUCCCCAGGUUACAUCCAGUCCAGCCAUGAAUACAAGAUCCAAACGAAAAAUGCAGUUGACUUCGGGGUCCCCUUACAAAGUUUCUCCCUUACAAGAUAUAACAAACAGAAGCAUCAUCAAACCAUCUCCACAAAUUCAGAAGCUUGUUUCAUCCAGUCUGGACACUUCCACUGACUUUGCCCUGUAUGACCAACUGGGAUUGGUGAAUCCAAUGAAGCUUAAUUUCGAUGAUGUUGAGCAUUCGCCCAAGAAGAGCCGAUGCCUCAACCCAUAUUUCACCAUCCAAGACUCUCCUCUCAUCACAGAUGAAGCCUGGGAUGUUCUUGUGUCUAGUCCAGAUAAAAUUAUUCCAAAAAAGGAGGAGUCUAAGGAAGAAUCUCCUCAAAUUUUACAACCCAAGCGGAAGUGUCUCAUAUCUACUCCACCAAUUAGCAAAAUUGGUUCUGUCAAACCAGCUGAGUCCAGUUUAAAUGGUAAUCAAGAUGCACCCAAAACUCGUCUUGCCCUACCCAGUAAAUUCCCAUCUAAUCUAAUCAAAACAGAUACAGGAAAACCAAUGUCAAGAAUUCCAAGUAAAGGUCCAUUGAAAGCUUUCCCAACUUUAGGCAAAGUUGGUGAAAUGAAGCAAUCUGAAAUAUCUAAAUUGCCUUUGUCUGGUAAAUCCAAGUUGAAAAUGUUUUCCCCAGUAAAAAGCAGAAUCCCUCAGAAAAACUUGAAGAAUUCUUAA